UCUCCAAAGCCACUCCUCCCUCAGCCUUUUCUGUGAGUGGAGGGAAAGCACGGCUAAUCUGCCCCUAAAUUCACCAAUAGGACUUCCGUCGUGUCACUUUUUCCUUUACUGGGUUCCGUUCUUCAUUUGGCUGAAGCACCGAGGUACAGGGGCCAGUUUGGCCCCAAACCAAGACCGGGGCUCAUAGUUCAGGUUCAUCUCUUCGGGGGUUAACUUGCAGUCCGCCGCUGAUUGGCCCAAAGUUCUCGUUGGCAUCCAAUGGGAGGGAAGAUUGGGAUCGAGUUCCGAUCGAGGCUAAGAAGCACUGAGGGGCUGGGACCUAGCCGUUCCUGCUCGCCGUUGCGGCUGCUCCGGCCUCUGUCCCUGGAGGCAGUUCACCCGAGGCUAGUCUCCGAGGUCUGCCAGCGGCUACUCCCACAGCCUCUGCCAUGGGUCUGGAGCUCUACCUGGACCUGAUGUCCCAACCUUGCCGUGCUGUCUACAUCUUCGCCAAGAAGAACGGCAUCCCCUUCCAGCUGCGUACCAUAGAGCUGCUUAAAGGUCAGCAGUACACAGAUUCCUUCGCCCAGGUGAACCCUUUGAGGAAGGUGCCAGCUUUGAAGGAUGGGGACUUCGUCUUGGCAGAGAGUGUGGCCAUCUUGCUGUAUCUGAGUAGAAAGUACAAGGCCCCCGACCACUGGUACCCUCAGGACUUGCAGAAUCGAGCUCGUGUAGACGAGUACCUGGCAUGGCAGCACACAGCCCUGCGGAGUUGCUGCACCAGGGCCAUGUGGCAGAAGAUGAUGUUCCCUAUGUUCCUGGGACAGCCUGUACCUCCUGAGAUGCUGGCAUCCACCUUGGCUGAACUGGAUGGGUGCCUGCAGGUGCUAGAGGACAAGUUCCUGCAGAACCAGGCCUUCCUUACAGGAUCCCAUAUCUCCGUGGCUGACUUGGUGGCCAUCACAGAGCUGAUGCAUCCUGUCAGUGCUGGCUGCAAAAUCUUUGAGAGCCGACCCAAACUGGCUGCGUGGCGUCAGAGAGUGGAAGCUGCAGUGGGGGAGGGCCUCUUCCAGGAGGCCCAUGAAGUUGUCCUGAAGGCCAAGGAUAUGCCUCCCUUGAUGGACCCUGCCCUGAAGGAGAAGCUGAAGCUCUCUGUACAGUGUUUGCUGCAUUGAGGGAAUAGAUUGAACUGGGAGACCGACAGUCCAGGGAAACUCGGGGGCGUGCAAGCAAAGGGGUGAGGCUGUCUGGCUCUUGGGCUGUCACUAGGACAUAGGGUCUCUGCUCCACAGUUUCCUCUCUGCAUCACCUGUGUUCCCUCUGUGUCCCCACCCGGCUUGUGCUGUAGCAUCAGUUCCUAUCUGACGUCUGGAGAGGGCUCCGGGAAAAUACUUGGGAGAAAUGUACCUAGCCAUAUUCCUUUUCUUUGAAACUUUACAAACCAUUGAACCUUCCCCCAUCCUCCAAGCCAUAUAUGUAUGUAUACACCCACACAUAUAUAUUUGAUAUCUGGUACCACAUGACCCUCUGUGCUCCUCAACCCUGGUGCCUCCUUCCUCAGUUUUGGCAUGCCGGAUCUAUAAUCUCUCCGUUGAAUACAUGUGGGAGUCGGGGAUUGACUAGUGAAAGGCCUUUGUCCUCUGCGCCUUUGCUCCCUGCCAUAGGUGGGGUGCAGGGCUGGUUCAUGAUGGUCCUUUGCGGGAGUGGAAGUUGCUUGGUAUGUCCUGACUUUCCAAAUUCUUGUCCCAAGUGUUCUAACCCUGACUGCUGCCUUCUGCCUGUCUCCGGCUCCAAGCUGUCAAGCUACUUGUACCAUAGGCUAUCUCUUAUGUACCUUACCUAAUAAAUAUAUCGUUAACAGAA